AUGUACCCUGAAGCUCCUAAGAUCGCCCGGGACAAAGACCUGGCCAGCGUUGAGGCUGCCAUGGCGUACCUCGGUAUUCGAAAUCCUGGAGACUGGCCUGAGACCCCAAGGCUCUAUCCGAUCAUCGAGCAGCACAUCUUGGAGCGCAAAGGUCCGAUGCGAAGAGGGGAGAUCCUGGGGGCUAUCCUGGCGAGUCUCGCUGCAGAGGCUAAGGUUCUCCAUGCUCUGGUAAAAGGUCUCGUGGAGGAUCUGAAACGAUGA